AUGAGGAGCGACGUGACCGCGGCGGAAGUGGCGUUGCUGCAGCGGCCGUUCGUGCGCGGCGAGAGCGACAUCUUCGCGUACCUGACGGCGCUCAUGAAGCAGCGCACGCUCAUCUUCGACGGCGGCAUGGGCACCAUGAUCCAGACGCACAAGUUCACGGAGGAGGACUUCCGCGGCGAGCGCUUCCAGGACUCACCGUGCCUCGUCAAGGGCAACAACGACCUGCUGUCCAUCACGCAGCCGCAGGUCAUCAAGGACAUCCACAAGCAGUACAUGCAGAUCGGCCGAGCGCAGCUCAUCGGCACCAACACCUUCUCGGGCACGACCAUCGCCCAGGCCGACUACCAGAUGGAGCACCUGGUCUACGAGCUCAACUACGAGUCCGCCAGGCUCGCGCGCGAGGCCGCGGACGAGGUCACGGCGCUGGACCCGCUGCGCCCGCGCUUCGUGGCCGGCUCCAUCGGCCCCACGAACCGCACGCUGUCCAUCUCCCCCAACGUGGAGGACCCGGGCUUCCGCAACGUCACGUUCGACGAGCUCGUGGACGCGUACUACACGCAGGUGGAAGGUCUGGUGGACGGUGGCAGCGACAUCCUCCUGGUGGAGACCAUCUUCGACACGCUGAACGCCAAGGCUGCCGUUUUCGCCAUCAACAAGUACCAGGAGGCCACGGGCAAGAAGCUGCCGCUGUUCAUCUCCGGUACUAUCGUGGACAUGAGUGGACGCACGCUGUCGGGCCAGACCACCGAGGCGUUUUACGUCAGUCUGCGCCACUCAAAGCCCUUCUGCAUCGGGUUGAACUGCGCGCUGGGCGCCAACCAGAUGAAGCCGUUCCUGCAGCGUCUGUCGAACGUGGCCGAGUGCUUCGUGUCUGUCUACGCAAACGCCGGUCUGCCGAACGCCAUGGGUGGCUACGAUGACACCCCCGCUAUGAUGGCCGAGUACUGCGAGGAGUUCUCCAAGGACCGCCUGAUCAACAUGAUGGGCGGAUGCUGCGGCACGACGCCCCAGCACAUUGAGGCUAUUGCCAUCAUGGCUGCCAAGUACGAGCCGCGCCCGCUCCCUGAGCUCAAGGAGCCGUUCAUGUGGCUCUCGGGUCUCGAGGACAUGAUUGUGACCAAGGAGCGCUUCAGCUUCUUGAACGUCGGUGAGCGAUGCAAUAUCUCCGGCUCGCUGCGUUUCAAGCGCCUCAUCAUGAAGGGCGACUACGGUACAGCCAUGGACGUCGCGCGGCAGCAGGUGGAGGACGGCGCGAUGGUCAUCGAUGUGAACGUCGACGACGGUAUGCUCGACGGUGUGGCAGCCAUGGAGCGGUUCCUGAAGAUCGCUGUGACGGAGCCCGAUGUUGCCAAGGUUCCAUUCAUGGUCGACUCGUCCAAGUUCCACAUUGUGGAGGCCGGUCUUAAGUGUGUCCAGGGCAAGUGCAUUGUGAACAGUAUCUCGCUCAAGGUCGGCAAGGAGCUGUUCAUGGAGCACGCGCGCAUCGUCAAGAGCCACGGUGCCGCCGUGGUGGUUAUGGCCUUCGACGAGGAGGGCCAGGCAGCCACUGAAGCCGAGAAGGUGCGCAUUUGCAAGCGCUCGUACGAUAUUUUGGUGAACGAGGUGGGCUUCCCGCCGGAAGACAUCAUCUUCGACCCCAACAUUCUGACGGUCGCUACGGGUAUGGAGGAGCACAACAACUACGGUGUGGACUUCAUCAACGCUUGCCGAGUCAUCAAGGAGCAGAACCCCUACUGUGGCGGUGCUGUGGCCGGCGGUGGCAACAAACAGGAGUGGCGUACCAAGCCUAUCGGGGAGAGGCUUACGCACGCGCUUGUGAAGGGCAUUUCGGAGUUCAUUGACCAGGAUGUGGAGGAAAUGCGCAAGGUUGCUGAGAAGCCCCUUGAUGUGAUCGAAGGCCCGCUCAUGGACGGCAUGAACGUCGUGGGCCAGCUUUUCGGAUCGGGCAAGAUGUUCUUGCCGCAGGUCAUCAAGUCUGCGCGUGUCAUGAAGAAGGCCGUGGCCUACUUGCUUCCGUUCAUGGAGGAAGAGAAGAACCAGCGCCGGCUUGCGAACACGGCCAACGGUAUCGCGAACGAAGAAGAGGACGAGGACUCGCAGUACGCUGGCAAGGUGCUGAUUGCUACCGUGAAGGGCGAUGUCCACGAUAUCGGCAAAAACAUUGUGGGUGUGGUGCUUGGCUGCAACAACUACAAGAUCAUCGACCUGGGUGUCAUGGUCCCGUGUGAGGACAUCCUGGCUGCGGCUAAGGAGCACAACGUCGAUGUGAUCGGACUGUCGGGUCUAAUCACGCCCUCUCUGGAUGAGAUGGUGUACGUUGCGCGCGAGAUGAACAAGGCCGGUCUGAAGAUCCCUCUGAUUGUUGGUGGCGCUACGACCUCGAAGAUGCACGCAGCAGUAAAGAUCGCCCCGCACUACUCGACCCCCGAGCACCCCGUGAUGCACGUGCUGGAUGCUUCUCGCAGUGUUGUUGUGGUCGGCAACUUGCUUCGUCAGGACGAGGAGCGCGAUGAGUUUGUUGAGGAGGUCAUGGAGGAGUACGAAGAGAUGCGCGAGGACUACUACGCGUCUCUGGAUGACAUCAAGCUGAUUAGCUUCGGAGAUGCCAAGGCCAAGAGCUACCAGAUCGACUACGUGGCCAAGCCUCCCUUCGAGAAGAUUAACCGCGUGGGUCUGCACGUCAUCGAGGACCUGCCUCUCGAGGAUUUGGUGCCGUUCAUCGACUGGAACCCGUUCUUCCAGACCUGGGAGCUGCGCGGUCGCUACCCGAACCGUGGAUACCCGAAGAUUUUCGACGAUGAGACGGUUGGUGCCGAGGCUCGCAAGGUGUUCGACGAGGCGCAGAAGCUGCUGCAGGAGAUCAUGGACAAGAAGCUGCUUCGUGUGCGCGGUGUGUCGGGUAUCUUCCCCGCGUACCGCGAGGGCGAGGACGUGAUCGUGUGCGACCCGAAGAACCCGGAGCAGGAGAUCUCCAAGUUCUGCAUGCUGCGCCAGCAGGCCGAGAAGGAGACGAGCGACCCGUACAUGUCGUUGGCCGACUUCAUCGCGCCCAAGGGUGUCGGCGGCCAGGACUACGUCGGUGGCUUCGCUGUCGGUGUGUUCGGCGUGGAGGAGAUGGCCGCCAAGUUCGAGGCCGACCACGACGACUUCAACAAGAUUAUGUCCCAGGCCAUUGGGGACCGUCUGGCCGAGGCGUUCGCCGAGUACAUCCACCGCGAGAUGCGUGUCAAGGACUGGGGCUACGCGGCCGACGAGGUGCUGGACAAGGAGGACCUGCUGAAGGUCAAGUACGACGGCAUCCGUCCUGCCCCGGGCUACCCGUCGCAGCCCGACCACACGGAGAAGCGCGCGCUGUGGGACCUGCUCAGGGCGGACGAGUUGAUCGGCCUGAGCCUUACGGACAGCUACAUGAUGCUGCCCGGCUCGGCCGUCAGCGCGCUGUGCUUCGCGCACCCGGACUCGCAGUACUUCGCCGUGGGCAAGAUCGGCAAGGAUCAGGUCGUCGAGUACGCCAAGCGCAAGGGCCAGACGCUCGAGGAGACGGAGCGCUGGCUGGCGCCGAUCCUCGGCUACGACCGCUCGGCCUAA